AUGGAAUCAGAGAUCGAAGCUCAAGACUUCCUCCUUGAACAACACAUUACCUCCUGCCUCACCCUCCACCACACAACCCUCUCCCUUCUCGAAGACCUGACCCACUCCACCCUCCACAAGCACACUCCCUCUUCAGACUCCGACUCCCUCACGCUCUAACCUCCACCUCCUUAUCCAAGGCCAUCUGCAAAACUCUCAGAAAAAGACUACAGGUAAUGGGAACAGGAAGAGAUCUGAGAUUGGAAGUGGAUGGGAAUGAGAAGGAAUUUGAAUGGGUGGUCAAGGGGGUUAGUGGGGUUUUGGGGGAUUUGGAAGUGGGGUUUGGAGGGAGGAGAGUGCGGAGAAGGUGGGUUUUGGGGGUUGUGAGGGUGGUAGGGGGAGUGACAGGGCUUGUGGUGGUUGAGAAAGCUGUAUUAGGGAUGAAGGAGGUUUUGGAGAUUUUGGUUUCGUGUGUGUAUGCUAGUGGUGUGGUUUUUUUGAAUUGAAAAAUUUGUUCAGGAGGGGUGAAGAUGCCUUUAAGGAGAGAAUCUAAUAUGAGAAGUCUAGAGUUUUGUAAUUGUUCAUUUUUACAGAAUGGUUAUUCUCCAGAUUUACUUUCUUCUCAUAUAUGUCUUCUUCAAAGUAUCUUAGUAACAACUUGGCUCAAGAAGUUAAAGAAAAUCAAAUUUGCUAGCUGAGAGCUUCCAGGAGAACUAAGUUCUGAUCUGUUAAAUAAAAUUUAUCAAAGAGGUAUUUGAUUUCGCAAUUUUAGAAGAUAA